AUGGUGAUUGCACAUACUGACAUGGUGAUUGCACAUGCUGACAUGGUGAUUGCACAUACUGACAUGGUGAUUGCACAUACUGACAUGGUGAUUGCACAUGCUGACAUGGUGAUUGCACAUGCUGACAUGGUGAUUGCACAUGCUGACAUGGUGAUUGCACAUGCUGACAUGGUGAUUGCACAUGCUGACAUGGUGAUUGCACAUGCUGACAUGGUGAUUGCACAUGCUGACAUGGUGAUUGCACAUGCUGACAUGGUGAUUGCACAUGCUGACAUGGUGAUUGCACAUGCUGACAUGGUGAUUGCACAUGCUGACAUGGUGAUUGCACAUACUGACAUGGUGAUUGCACAUACUGACAUGGUGAUUGCACAUACUGACAUGGUGAUUGCACAUACUGACAUGGUGAUUGCACAUACUGACAUGGUGAUUGCACAUACUGACAUGGUGAUUGCACAUGCUGACAUGGUGAUUGCACAUGCUGACAUGGUGAUUGCACAUGCUGACAUGGUGAUUGCACAUGCUGACAUGGUGAUUGCACAUGCUGACAUGGUGAUUGCACAUACGGACAUGGUGAUUGCACAUACUGACAUGGUGAUUGCACAUACUGACAUGGUGAUUGCACAUACUGACAUGGUGAUUGCACAUACUGACAUGGUGAUUGCACAUGCUGACAUGGUGAUUGCACAUGCUGACAUGGUGAUUGCACAUGCUGACAUGGUGAUUGCACAUGCUGACAUGGUGAUUGCACAUGCUGACAUGGUGAUUGCACAUACUGACAUGGUGAUUGCACAUACUGACAUGGUGAUUGCACAUACUGACAUGGUGAUUGCACAUGCUGACAUGGUGAUUGCACAUGCUGACAUGGUGAUUGCACAUAUUGACAUGGUGAUUGCACAUGCUGACAUGGUGAUUGCACAUGCUGACAUGGUGAUUGCACAUGCUGACAUGGUGAUUGCACAUGCUGACAUGGUGAUUGCACAUGCUGACAUGGUGAUUGCACAUGCUGACAUGGUGAUUGCACAUACUGACAUGGUGAUUGCACAUACUGACAUGGUGAUUGCACAUACUGACAUGGUGAUUGCACAUACUGACAUGGUGAUUGCACAUGCUGACAUGGUGAUUGCACAUGCUGACAUGGUGAUUGCACAUGCUGACAUGGUGAUUGCACAUACUGACAUGGUGAUUGCACAUACUGACAUGGUGAUUGCACAUACUGACAUGGUGAUUGCACAUACUGACAUGGUGAUUGCACAUACUGACAUGGUGAUUGCACAUACUGACAUGGUGAUUGCACAUGCUGACAUGGUGAUUGCACAUGCUGACAUGGUGAUUGCACAUACUGACAUGGUGAUUGCACAUGCUGACAUGGUGAUUGCACAUGCUGACAUGGUGAUUGCACAUGCUGACAUGGUGAUUGCACAUGCUGACAUGGUGAUUGCACAUGCUGACAUGGUGAUUGCACAUGCUGACAUGGUGAUUGCACAUGCUGACAUGGUGAUUGCACAUACUGACAUGGUGAUUGCACAUACUGACAUGGUGAUUGCACAUACUGACAUGGUGAUUGCACAUACUGACAUGGUGAUUGCACAUACUGACAUGGUGAUUGCACAUGCUGACAUGGUGAUUGCACAUGCUGACAUGGUGAUUGCACAUACUGACAUGGUGAUUGCACAUGCUGACAUGGUGAUUGCACAUGCUGACAUGGUGAUUGCACAUACUGACAUGGUGAUUGCACAUACUGACAUGGUGAUUGCACAUACUGACAUGGUGAUUGCACAUACUGACAUGGUGAUUGCACAUGCUGACAUGGUGAUUGCACAUGCUGACAUGGUGAUUGCACAUGCUGACAUGGUGAUUGCACAUACUGACAUGGUGAUUGCACAUGCUGACAUGGUGAUUGCACAUACUGACAUGGUGAUUGCACAUACUGACAUGGUGAUUGCACAUACUGACAUGGUGAUUGCACAUACUGACAUGGUGAUUGCACAUACUGACAUGGUGAUUGCACAUGCUGACAUGGUGAUUGCACAUGCUGACAUGGUGAUUGCACAUGCUGACAUGGUGAUUGCACAUGCUGACAUGGUGAUUGCACAUACUGACAUGGUGAUUGCACAUACUGACAUGGUGAUUGCACAUACUGACAUGGUGAUUGCACAUACUGACAUGGUGAUUGCACAUACUGACAUGGUGAUUGCACAUACUGACAUGGUGAUUGCACAUACUGACAUGGUGAUUGCACAUACUGACAUGGUGAUUGCACAUACUGACAUGGUGAUUGCACAUACUGACAUGGUGAUUGCACAUACUGACAUGGUGAUUGCACAUACUGACAUGGUGAUUGCACAUACUGACAUGGUGAUUGCACAUACUGACAUGGUGAUUGCACAUACUGACAUGGUGAUUGCACAUACUGACAUGGUGAUUGCACAUACUGACAUGGUGAUUGCACAUACUGACAUGGUGAUUGCACAUACUGACAUGGUGAUUGCACAUACUGACAUGGUGAUUGCACAUACUGACAUGGUGAUUGCACAUACUGACAUGGUGAUUGCACAUACUGACAUGGUGAUUGCACAUACUGACAUGGUGAUUGCACAUACUGACAUGGUGAUUGCACAUACUGACAUGGUGAUUGCACAUACUGACAUGGUGAUUGCACAUACUGACAUGGUGAUUGCACAUACUGACAUGGUGAUUGCACAUACUGACAUGGUGAUUGCACAUACUGACAUGGUGAUUCCACAAACUGACAUGGUGAUUCCACAUGCUGACAUGGUGAUUCCACAUGCUGACAUGGUGAUUCCACAUGCUGACAUGGUGAUUCCACAUGCUGACAUGGUGAUUCCACAUACUGACAUGGUGAUUCCACAUACUGACAUGGUGAUUCCACAUGCUGACAUGGUGAUUCCACAUGCUGACAUGGUGAUUCCACAUACUGACAUGAACCUGCCACGUCAUGGGCCUGACCGGGAGCCCUGCCGCUACAUUGUGAUAGAAGACAUGAAACGAGGCGUGGGAAACAAAAUCACAGCAUACGUGGUCUCGUUCAUCUUGGGUCUUCUCACCCACCGAGCCAUCAUCGCACCGCCGCAAUCCUUCCUCACUCGCCGCUUCUGCAACCCCUUCGCCCACGCCAACACCUCAUGGACCGUCGACUCGCACACCUACGAGUACGUCCUUCCGUAUCACAACUCACAGGUGUACACGACUCGCACGCCCACCCCUGAGAUCAUUCCCUCACAUCGCUCUCACUUGUCAUUGUUGACAGCCAAGGUCCUGAGAACCCGAAUCAGUGCUCCUAAUCAACACCCGGACGCUUAUUACUGCCUUCCCCAUCCACUGCGUCCUCACUGCAGCUUAUUCCUGGGCACAGUGUUUCAGAAGCCACGGCUGCUACUCACCAGCAUGGCAGAGCAGCUGAAGGCAACGCAAGGAGGGGCACGCACGGACCUGCCAUGGCAGGUGGUCAGCAAGGGCGCCGUGUGGAUGGACCUGUAUCGCAAGACGUGGAACAUGUUCUGCAGCGACCUGUGGAGCACUGCUGCUCUCGCGCCCUUCUGGCUGGCCGGCAUCGAUUCUUACACCAUCCCCAGCCUGCACUAUAUCCCAGAGUUCGCUGACCGUCUGCGUGAGUUGUUCCCUGAUGGUCGUGUGUUCACCCACGCAGCGCGCCUCUUAAUGCAUCCAGACAACGAGCUGUGGGCGCAGAUCACCACCGCCUUCCACGCCAACCUCGCCCACUUCUCCCACCGCCUCGGCCUGCAGAUCCGUUCGCCUGAUGGCAUUCACCUGCCCCUCUCUGCUCGCAUCCUCCAGUGUGGGGCUGCUGUCGCUCACUACCUGCCGUAUACUCAGCCGUACUCACAGACCCUGUUGGGGACCAGCAGUAAGGCAGCCUCACAUGCGCCGCACACAACGAUGGGCGUGUUUGUGUCGUCUCUGACAAUGAAGCACAUGUUGGAGCUGCAGGCUCACUACACGCUCCACAUGCCCAUCGGCAACACACUCGUUGCCUUCUGGUCGCUAACGAGUGAGGAGGUGGAGAACAGGGACGAGCAGCACCUCGUUGCCACUGUCAUUGAAAUCUGGCUCCUCAGCUUCUGCGACCGCCUGCUCAUCACGCACCUGUCCUCGUUUGGUCGCGUGGCAGUGGGGCUGGCGGGCAUGGAGGCCUACUCCAUGGCCAUCACGGUCGUCACCAUGCGCCACGUGGACUGGCGCACCUCCCCUGGCCCUGUGUGUGAGCGCGUGCCGUGUGAGCCGUGUGACACCGGCGGUGGCAACGUGAAAUGGUCGGGGUGCAGUUGGGACUUCAAUCUCCGCAGGCUGGCACACGGGUGGGAGCGGCCGGCAGGGUUUGGCUUGUGUGCCGGCUUCCAGUUCGGCCUGCAGGACCUCACCCCCUUGGCGUCCCAACCUCCACAAUAA